AUGAGGGCUCACCACAAAGCCAUGGCCCACCACAGAGCCAGUGUCCACCACAGAGCCAGGGCCCACUACAGAGCCAUGAGGGCCCACCACAAAGCCAUGGCCCACCACAGAGCCAGUGCCCACCACAGAGCCAGGGCCCACUACAGAGCCAUGAGGGCCCACCACAAAGCCAUGGCCCACCACAGAGCCAGUGCCCACCACAGAGCCAGGGCCCACUACAGAGCCAUGAGGGCCCACCACAAAGCCAUGGCCCACCACAGAGCCAGUGCCCACCACAGAGCCAAGGCCCACUACAGAGCCAUGAGGGCCCACCACAAAGCCAUGGCCCACCACAGAGCCAGUGCCCACUACAGAGCCAGGGCCCACUACAGAGCCAUGAGGGCCCACCACAAAGCCAUGGCCCACCAAAGAGCCAGGGCAUACCAAAGAGCCAGGGCCCACUACAGAGCCAUGAAGGCCCACCACAAAGCCAUGGGCCACCAAAAAGCCAGGGCCCACUUCAGAGCCAGGGCCCACCACAGAGCCAUGAGGGGCCCACCACAGA